AUGCUAAGAAGGCUUGUCGCUAAACUAACAAUGGCAAGGCCCAAGGUUAUUGUGAUUGCUGGUACUACUGGUGUGGGCAAGUCGCAGCUGUCCGUUGAAAUCGCAGCUCAUGUCUCUGGUGAAGUUAUAAAUUCAGAUUCCAUGCAAGUCUACAAAGAUCUUCCCAUCAUCACCAACAAACACCCCGUGGCAGAACGCAAUGGGAUUCCACAUCAUGUCAUGAAUCAUGUGGAUUGGAGCGAGGAGUACUACCUUCAUCGAUUCGAACAAGAGUGCCUCGAAUCCAUCGACGACAUACAUUCCAGAGGGAAAGUGCCUAUCAUAGUGGGAGGGACCCACUACUAUCUUCAGAUUUUACUCAAUAAGCGCAUCGAGCAAAAACACAGGGUACCGACCAAAGAGGAGCAGCAACUUCUGGACGAUGGGGAGCCAGAAAAAAUCUACAAUAUGCUUCAGCAGCUAGAUCCGGUCAUUGCAAGCAAAUACCAUCCGAACGAUUCCCGAAGGGUUCACAGAAUGCUCGAAAUAUACUACACGACUGGCCAAAAACCCAGUGAGGCUUUUGCAGAACAGCAGAAUACUCUCAAAUUUGAUACUCUGUUUCUCUGGAUUUACAGUACACCUGAAGAACUCGAUAGCAGACUCGAUAAAAGAGUGGACCAGAUGAUGAACAACGGCGCAUUGAAAGAAAUUCAGCUGCUGUUCGAAAAAUAUCAAGCUGGCAAUUUCAGUCCAGAACAAUGUGAAAACGGUAUCUGGCAGGUUAUUGGCUUCAAGGAAUUUCUUCCUUGGUUGGAAGAUUCAAGCGCUGCCUCGUUCGAGUCAUCAGUGGAGAGGAUGAAGAUCCGUACUCGCCAGUAUGCCAAGAAGCAAGUCAAAUGGAUCAGAAAAAUGUUGUUGCCUGACGUUAAAGAUCAUCUAUAUAUGCUUGAUGCUACUAAUCUUGAUCAGUGGAGGAACAAUGUUCUGGAGCGGGCAGUCUCCAUAACUGAUAGCUUUCUAAGCUCGAGUAGUAUUACAGAGGAACACGCCCCGUCGAGCCUCUUAUCAUUGCUCUCCAAAGACAAUUUAGGCGAAAAUAGUCCUAAACUCGAAAACGACUGGACUCGAUAUACAUGCAAUGCUUGUCGCGAUAAGGACAAUAAGCCAUUGGUGGCCAUUGGUUUUAAAAGCUGGGAAAUUCAUUUAAAGAGCAGGCGUCAUCGUACGAAUUUGUCGCGAGACAAAAAGAUGGCAAAUCAUGAGGCGUGGAGGAAGGGGAGGAUGGCAAUCGCAGCCCAGCAGGAAGAAAAAAGUUGA